GGUCCCGGGGAGGGAGGCGGGGCGCGUGCACAGCUCCCCGCUCCUCGGGGGUCCAACUAGAGAGCAGUCGCCCCGCGUGUCGCCCCGCGCGCAGGGCGGACGGACGGUCAGUCGGUUUCGUGUCCAAGCAAAGUAAACAACCCUUGUUGCGCGCACUGUAUUUCAUGCCCACAAAAAUUGAUGUUUUCCUUAUUUAUGCGGUCACGUGACGCGGCCGUGUAACCCUGCGCGCCGACGCGGAUCCUCGCGCUCCGCGGCUCUCGGCUGCUCCAGUGUUGCGCGCGGCCGGCAUGGGCACAGGAUGUACAGCUCCAUGAGUCUCUCCCGCCCGCUGCCGCGCUUUCACAAGGACGGCAUGACCGACUUCAGCGGCGCCGCCUCGUUCGCCUCGGCCAACGCCUUCCUGCCCAGCUGCGCCUACUACGUGCCCGGCAGGGACUUCUCCGGGGUUCAGACCUCGUUCCUGCAGCCCCCUCCUCCUCCUCCUCCUCCGCCUCCGCCGCCACCGCAGGGCUCGGGGCCGCACGUCUUCACGCAGAGUCCGAUCCCCGCGGGGUCCGUGUGCCGCGGGGAGCCGGGCCCCACGUCGCUGCGCCAGUACCCGAGCAAGUGGCACGCUGGGGCCGCCAACCUGGGCGCGUGUUGCGGCGGGGACUCUUCGGCCGCCUACCGCGACUGCCUGUCGGCAGCCAUGCUCAUGAAGAGCGGCGAGACCGCGGCUUAUAGCCAGGCGCGUUACGGGAGCGCCAACACCUCGUAUAAUUUUUACGGCGGUAAGGUCGGCAGGACGGGCGUGCUGCCGCAGGCCUUCGAUCAGUUCCUGCUGGAGAAUUCGUCGGAGGGCGGCGACGUUUGCGGCGGAGCGAGGAAGCGCGGAGAGAAAUCGGAGCAGCAGCGGCGGCAGCAACAGCAGCAGCCCAAGGCGACGCAGUCUCCCAGGGACGCGGACGCCGAGGCGAGGGCGGGAGACGCGGAGUUGUCGUGCGGCGGCGGCGGCGGCGGCGGCGGCGGCGGAGGAACCGAGAAGCCGGGCGGCAGCUCCGGCGCAGCUGUCCAGCGGAGCCGCAAGAAGCGCUGCCCCUACACCAAGUUCCAGAUCCGCGAGCUGGAGCGAGAGUUCUUCUUCAACGUCUACAUCAACAAGGAGAAGCGCCUGCAACUGUCGCGCCUCCUCAACCUCACCGACCGCCAAGUCAAGAUCUGGUUCCAGAACCGGCGGAUGAAGGAGAAGAAGCUGAACCGAGAUCGCCUUCACUACUACACGGCCACGCAUCUCUUUUGA